UGACUUUUUAAUAGCAAAUAUCAAAAUAAUGCGAGUUUAUAGUGGUUUCGUACAGGCAACUGGUAAACUGAGAAAUUAGUUGAGUUUUACGUGAUUUUUAUUCUUAACAAGUUAGCCCUUGACCACAAUCUCACCAGAUGGUAAGUGAUAAUGCAAUCUAAAAUGGAAGCGGGGUAACUUGUUAGCAGUAGGAUAAAAAUCGACAACCCUUACGGUUUCUACACGAUAUCGUACCGAAACUUCAAUCACUUGGCGGUUCGUGUUAGGGUGGUAACUAGCCAAGGCCAAAGCUCCCACCAGCCCAAAAACUUUGAAUGCAUUAUUGUCAGGGUAAUUAUGGAAUAUUUGUACCUACUCGUAAUAGCAGAGGAAUUCCCUCAUAUAUGGAGAAAGGCCUGGCUCUAUAUCGGGAUCAUUCCUGAUGAUUUCAAUUAUUUUUAUUCGUAGACGUGCGGAUGCCAAACUAUUUAUUGGAAAAGAUAAAACAAUGACUAUUAUGUUAUUAGGAUAAAUUAUUGAAAUUAAUAUUUUAAUUGUAAAAAUCUUGCAUACUGUAAUCAGUUGAAUGUAUAGGUGACUCAAUAAUUUUAAGACCAAAACAUGUACCACAUUCUAGUAAAUAAAUGAUUUGAUUUGAUUUGAAUGAAAAAAAAUCAGAGUGUGGUGUGUGUUUUUCGGAUUCGAAAGACUUUCGUCUUCAGGCACUGAGCAAUUUAGAAGGAACGUUAAAAAAUGUUGAGUUUCCCGAACGCUGCCCAACCGAGCUCACGAACUGGAGUCGACGUUGAAUCGUUUGUAUAAGCUCGUCUUCAAUUUCGAGGGCAUAGUCCUCGACAGUAGCUGGAUGGAGCAGUACAUUAUCAUUAGAUACACAUGAUAUUCGUCUUAAUCAUGUCAUCAUGACCCACUUGUUGACAAACUCUGCUGAGGUCUUCGAACAUGGUACUAAGAUCAUUCAAAGUCUCUGUGGCAGUCUCGCCAAUAUGGCAGUCGGCAGAGACUCUGCGUGAAAUAAUGACCUAGGUACCUUAAUAUUAUAAAAAUGAAGUAUUUAUAUAAAUUUGUUAUGACAGCGAUAGUAUGGAUGAGAGGGUGAUUGGUGACUUGUAUUCAGAUUUGAAGCAACGUUCGAUGCGCAACAUUUUUCCUUUAUCGUCAUGUAAUUUUGUCGUGUUAGUGAUUUUGUGCAAUAAUUAUUUGUAGUGUACUUAGAUGAUCAUAAAUUGUUAAUGAGGGCAUGUAGAAAAUGUCAAGGGAUAGUAAGUUGCAUGAUCAAAUGAUCCUUUAAAUCUAUAUUCAAGACCACAAGUCCAGGGACCUGCUCGAGAUGUUUCCUUUACCACAAAAUUAGGGCACAAUCCCUGUCGCUGCUGCCCGUCGCUUUAUAAUCGUUCACCUUUGACGCCUAGUCUUAAAUCUUAAAUCAAUAAGUAAAUAAGUAAAUAAUAGUUGAUUCUUUAGAUUUAAAUUCGGCUUCGUUGUUCCAAUGGCUAGCCCGUGAUGACUAAUGGCACUGGUCCUGUCCUGUCAUGCUGUAAUAUAUUCAAAGUUUCUUUCUUCCAAGAAACUCUCAACUGCCGAACCUACCGUGAACCCGCCCCUGGGAAAUUUAGCCGUGCAGUGUUAAUAAAUAGAAUUGGUUGACAAUGAUAAAAUUUAAAAUCCCUAAAAGCAAGGCUCGAUACGCAUUACUGUAAAAUGAAAAUGUCAAUCAUCAAUCCCGUAUCAAAUGGCCAAGCCUAAAAUCCGAACAUUUCAAUAAAAUCCACCAUUCAUCCAUCGGACAUCGGAAGUGCCCUCACGGUCAAUAACUUGCUGUUAAUAAUUGUGAUUGUGAAUGAAACGUUAUAAAUCCAAGGUAAUUUCAUUAUGGUAUCACGUAUAGCAUUUUACGUUUAGUUUUCGCAAGUCAGUCGAUCACAACGCGUGGUCACGAUACGGCGCGAAAAAUAGACCGACCUGACAUUAGUGCACGUUUCUGGGUCAAAUCGCUAUCGCGGCCUAUUUAGUUACGUUCAGAAAUCGGUUUAAAAACGGACGUUUUGACAUUUAUUUGUUUUUUGAACGCGAUGUCGUUGAUUUGUACCUAACUAAAGAAAUGCUUAUUUAAUGAAACAAAGAAAUAAAUAAAAUAAAUAAAAAAUGGAAGUGGACCGUAUUCUCUAUAUUUUCGGAAGUUUCACCCGCAAGAAACAAGAACGCAGGAAAUCCUUGGAGCCAUCCUCGAUAAGUGCUGGUAACAGUCCUCUGAAGAACUCGAAAAACUCUCGACCGAUCAGUCAAAACAUACACAUUGCUCCCAGGACGUCUGCUUAUGGGGAGAGGAAGAAAGCAAGAGUCAAGGAUUGGGAGUGCGGCAUCUGUAGGAGGGAGUUGAUAGAACCCAGGCUGUUGUCUUGUCUUCACUGCUUCUGCACCAGGUGUCUGCAAAGCUUGCACCAGGAGGGCGAGGGCGUUUGGGAGGAUAUCGAUGGAGGGUCUGUGCAACACGACCCCGGCGGGUCGGCGUCCGGGGGAGGCUCCGCGGGGUCCGGGUACGAGAGCGACCUUCGUAAGUCUGACACCAGCUUGGACAAAAUCAAACUCUACGGGAUCAUAACUAGAAAGGUAUCAGGCAAGAACUACCAUUUCAUUCUGUGUCCGGUCUGCGGCUCAGAGACCCAACUGCCGCUAGGAGGUAUAGCAGCAUUGCCGCUCAACUAUGUGCUGCUGCGACGGAUGGCCAGUCGAGAGGGCGGCAACGAGGUGUUGUGUGAUCUUUGCUGCAUUGACAACAAGGCAGAGAGUCGUUGCGACCAGUGUCUAGUGAGCGUGUGCCCACCAUGCGGUGAAGCGCACACAGCGCAGCGCGGACACGCGACGCAUCUACUGCAGCCGCUGGAGCCAGUGCUGCGGUUCUGCGCCCACCAUCCCAAGCUCGAACUGACUGUCUAUUGUGCCACGUGCCAGCAGGUGAUCUGUAGAGACUGUUGUCUGAUCUCCCACACCGGUCACGCGGUGGCCAACGCAUCCCGCGCUGCCAACGAACGAGCCAACGCCUUGAGAGACGCUUGCGAACGAACCAAACUGGUGCCCGACAACGUGGAGCGAGCCAACAGGAUCCUGGAAAUGCAUCAAUCAGAAGUUGAGGCCCAAGCAUCACGAGUAGAGAGCGAAAUCCGGGUGUGGUCGGAGGAGUACCGGCUGGCUGUGGAAGCUCACGGCAGAGCGUUAUGCAGCGCGGCUGUGCGCGCGCGGGCGGCCUACCGACAGCGCAUACAGGACAAGACCAGGCAGCUGGAGGAGAGAGCCGCACAUGCGGUGGAAGCUGUGAGGUUCGCUGAGGAGCUCAUAACAGAAGGCAAAGAAGAUGAGGUGCUAUCACUGAGCGGGCCGGUACUUCGUCGGCUGGAGAGGCUGACAGAGCUUCAGCCGAUCUCGGAGCCUCCGCGAUGUGAACUGCGGUUCGCUCCUGCUGCGCCAGCUACCCACCGCCCUACCCUCGUGGGGAGACUGUUCACCUUGGCACCAGAUCCUGACCACUGCGUGCUUGAUACGGAUGGUUUCCAAGACCUUCAGGUCGACGUCCAACACACAGCUAUCCUGGAACUACGGGAUAGCAGCGGAGAACGCAUUUGGUGUGGUGGAGAAAAUGUGGCGGGAUACUUCAGGCGGCGCGACUCCAGCGCUCGGCCGGCAGUGGCCAAGGUGCGGGAGAGAGGCGACGGCUCGUACGCGCUGCACUUCGCGCCGACUAGCCCCGGACACUACCUGCUCGCUGUCACCGUCAACAAUACUCCUAUCAAGGGCAGUCCAUUCUCGUGCGCGGCUCGCAUGUCAAAAGCGCACACGGGGCAGUUCCACUGCUGUGCGUUCUGCUCGUCGGGCGGCAAGAAGAGCGCUACUUGCGGCUGCGGCUCCACCAUGGGCGGGGGGUACAAAGGUUGCGGUCACGGUCACUCAGGCUGGCCAGGUGCACGUCACUGGUCCUGCUGUGGCAGCACUCGCAGACACUCCACCUGCACCAGGCCUAACCACCAGCUCUACCAGUUCUCGUUAUAGACCAUAUCCAUAUAGUAAUAAAGACUAUUAUCAUUUGAA